UCGCGGUAUCUGUAGUUCUUUUUUAUCAUUGUAUUUUUUGCUCGCGCGCUGUAUCUCGGGAUGUGCUGACCCCAAGGAUCUUUACUCUCCCGCGCACAGAUUUCUGGGAAUUGUAUGUCGGCCCUUUCAGCAGUGACCGGAAGUUGUGCUUAUUCCUGCUGUGCCAGACUCUGCGCCUUAGCUCUGGUCCAGGACAGUGCUGAGGUUAGAAUGGACAAGGCGCCCCUUCUGACAUUUGAUGAGGUUGCAAUUUACUUGACCAGAGAAGAGUGGAAGUGUCUUGAGAAAUGGCAGAAGGAUCUGUACAGGAGCGUCAUGUUGGAUAACUAUCAGAUGCUGGUGUCCCUAGGUAAAUGUGAGCCACUUCCUGAAACGCCAUCUGUGUCUGACCCUCAUAGCCGUAGACAAUGGGACUUCUGUGACUGCACCUGUGAUGGUGUUCCCAUAUUGAUUUCAAGGAUCCAGAAUGGAGAGGAGCCGUGGGUCAGAGGGAGCUGGGAGAUCCCUGACAGAGAUCCUUUACGUUCCAAGAUCAGAAUCGAGUGUCAUCCCUUUCAUGGUAAUAAUGCAGCACGGCCAUCCAGAAGAAGGCAUCUGCGGCCUCGACUGGAGAGAACCUCUAAUCCCAAGCAGUCUGCAGCACCUUUUGAUGUCACUAAGGACCUUGGAUCUGUGCUCAGAGACCUGAAAGAGGAGGUGACGAGGGAUAUUCAGAGCACAAACAGGGAAAUGAAGGAAAGUGCGGGCAUUAUCCCGACUGCAGUUGCAUCUGUGGUGUCUGAGCUGAGCAGUCUGGGAGAUAUGAUGCAGGGCUUGCUGGCCUGUAUACCAAACCAAGAACUUCCCAGUGUUCCCAUCACCCCACCACAGACGCCGCCAGUUUUUAGGCGCACUCAUCACAUAUCUCAUACUCGGGACCUUCCUGCAUCGUUAAGCACAUCAUGGCUCUCACAGCCCCUUUCAUGGAAAUAUCUUAAAUCCCCUUUUUCACCUGUGGGGAGGGCGGCUUCUUCAGCUCAUUCUGAGAGCCCACUACUGUUACAUUCACCCACACCGUGUCCCCUUCAAGCAAAACGUGUGUCGCCAAAUGCUCAGAAACAAAGCAAGAAAAGCCAAGGAAUUAAAGACAAAAAAGGCGUCUCAACCAAAAACUGUGGUGCAUUUAUCAAAUUAAAUGAAGCAAAGUAACAAAGACUUCAGCUGGAUUAUGAUGGAUAUUUAAUGUUUCAUUCACAUUUAUGCCCUGUGUUUAUUUUGUGUAUAUAGUGUUUUUUAAUUUAUUACGUUUUAUUUGCUCAUGAA